GACUGCCGGCGAUCCUUUUCCGUAAACACAACUAGCACAAAUUGGACAUCAGCAGGAAUCAAUACUAUAAAAGACCCGAUUCUCAUAGACAAUUAGCAAAAAAAUAUAUAAAUCGGUCGCUGCUUACUUUAUAGCACUACUUAUUGUUGGCAUUGUGUCGCUGAUGUUAAUUGGAUGUUGCUAAAAACGUGCUUUUAGAAGUUCCCCGCGGCAGUUCCCUGCUUUGAAAGAUGUUUGCCUCUCAAAUUGGUCAAUCGGUAAAAAACAAAGAAUCUGUCGCCAACGAGAAAUUGACGAAACAGACGGUGAACGAAAUGGUUUCGAAGAGGAACGAAAUUCAACACCAUUCAACACAAGAACAACUGAAAUCUGCAUCAGAACCCAACCAAAAGAAAAUUACAAGUCAAAGUUCAAUCCAAAGAUGCAGACAGCGUGUUGCGAAAGAAGUUGGAACCAGAAGUACUGCCUUUAUUGGUCCUACUUGUCGUCCUGCUAAAUGCUGUGCAACCCAGCCUAAACCAGACUUUGAAGAGUCUCUGAACGAUUUCUACAAAGAGUUGGAGCAGGUUAACAGCUCUAUUGAUACUACUGAUAAAAAUAAUCCAAUCCAAACACACUCAGGUCUUGUCCCAUCUGUGCCAAAAGGGAGGUCACACAACCUUGAGGGAAAAGGAACUGGACCAAACCAUGCACAUCACCCUCACUGGAAUCAGAAUGAGCCAUACCAUGACAGGAGGCAUGGCUCUACCCAGCACCCAGACUAUUAUCACCAUCAACGUGCCUGGCAACACGCCUCACCUCACCAGAUGCAGCCCUACCCUCGCUUCCACAGGCUUCCUCACUGUAACCCACCACCUCCUGGUCCAUUCGGCAAUCCAGGAGAAGAACCACAGAUGGAUAGGAGCUGGGGCUAUCCAGGGCCAGAUAACCAGUACCAACAGCAGUGUUCACAGUUCCCACCACUCCAUAGAGCACCUGCACCUGGGAGAUACAACUACUCUCAGGUCUGUGGUGGAGCCCCUCCACAGCAUUUGAACGGGGACCAAGGGCACAGUGGUUAUCGUGGGUCCACGUAUGAGGCAGUUGGAUAUUCUGACCCCCAUGAGGAUCAGGAUUCUGACUGGAUACAGGGUAACAACAGUCAACAGCAGAAAAACCAGCACCUGCCAUUAAAUACAACACACAACAGCAGUCCUCAUUUGGUUUUGAUUCUGAUGAGAGGAGUACCAGGGUCUGGAAAAUCCACUUUGGCCAAGGAACUGCUGUCCACCGGCCCCAGUGGUCUUGUGCUGAGCACAGAUGAUUACUUUUCUGAAGAACAGGACUACAUGUAUGAUCCUAGCCUGCUGGGGAAAGCACAUGACUGGAACCACAACCGUGCUAAAGAAGCCAUGCAGAAGGGCAGUUCUCCAGUCAUAAUUGAUAAUACAAACAUCCAAGCUUGGGAGAUGAAACCAUAUGUCAAACUGGCAGUGGAGAGAGGAUACAGUGUCUUAUUUCACGAGCCUGUCACAAGUUGGAAAUGUGACCCUGUUGAGUUGGAGAGAAGAAACAAGCAUGGCGUGUCAAGAGAGAAAAUUGCACAGAUGUUGGAUCGCUUCGAAUUUCCAAUAUCAGUGGAGAUAGUGAUGCACUCCUGUGAACCUCCUCAUCAAAGGAUGAGACCGCUUUCACCGAACCACCAACACAGGGGGAGUUAUAACUAGACUUUUCAUGCAUUCUGAUGUCAACCAAAUUUGAAUAUCAUCCUUUAAGAAAUGUUAACAAGUUUAUUGUCUGAUUUAAAUGCUGCAUUUUGCCCUGAAAUGCAAGAUUUUAUUUUUUUACUGCAGUUUUUUUUAUACUGUAUUUUUUAACUUUUAGUAUGGUUUUUAUGAAUAAAACAACAUUUCAGGAUUGUUUUGUUAUCAGUCAUCAGAAAACCUUCAAGGGUUUUGCGCAUAAUGGUAAAGAAUUAUGCUAUGGACAGAGGGUGAUGUAACAACCUGCCUGUUGGAUUGGUCCAAAAUGGAAAUUUAGAGGAAGAUGACAAAAUUCUUAGUAAAUUAAACCUUUCACAUAACAAUUUAUUUUUGUACAUU